GCGUAUUUCUUCUGUGUUCAUCGGUGACGGUGCAGUGUUGUGUUUGAUUUCAGACAAUGGCCGAUGAAGUUUCAGCAGAGGAUUAUCCCACUGAAAUUGAGGAAAAUCUCAACGAUUUCGAGUCCUCUGUGAGCUCAGUCCAGAAUGUGGUCCAAACCCUUGUGUCCGUCUCUAGAAGUGAUCGCCUGCUUAAGCUGGAUCAUCUUGAUCAAGCCAAAUUGGAUCUGAUGUCUGCAUAUGCCCUCAACUCAAUGUUCUGGAUGUAUUUGGUGACGCAAGGAGUCAAUCCGAAAGACCAUGGGAUUAAACAAGAAUUGGAGAGAAUCAGGACAUACAUGAACAAAGUGAAGGAGAUCACAGACAAAAGAAAAGCUGCACGUUUGGACAAAGACGCAGCAUCACGAUUUGUUCGGAAUGCACUGUGGGAUGCAGAGGACAAGAAAAGAAAGGACACAACUGAACAUUCCCAUAGAGGAAAACACAAGAGAUUCACUUGACUUGAGCUGACUGUGAAACCCUUUUUUUACAUGCCUUCUCACAAAUAUUCUUGCACACUUUGGAUUAUACAAAACAGAUGUCAUGUCAUUGCACUGACAAACAGCAUUGGAAGCACAGUGUUAACCUUGUGAAUGCCCACGCUGUCAUAUUGCUCAUAUUGUACAUGUUUGAAGCAGCGUCAUUCUUUCAAAAGGGUGGCCUAUUUCAGACUAAGGAAGACCGUUACACAUAAAUAUGUUUUUCCAGAUUUUUGUACAAUUUCCUUUUUUAUUGUUUCCACUUGCAUUUAAAAAGCUGUUAUUUUUCACAGUUGUGAGUAUGCUUUAUGUUUGGGCUUUUAUAAUAUGAUGUUUAAUGUGGACCAUCCUUAUUACCAGUUCUAUUAAAACUUUUAAAGCCA